AUGCCGCCGCAGGAUCUGGCCACCAUGGGAAACUUCUUCUUCGGUAGCCUUCGUCAUCCGAUCGACCUUUUUUCUAGCGUUGGGCCAACAUUGAAUGAGCUCACUUUUGGUCUUAUGGGGUCGUCGUUUGAACCGGAUCGUGAUAUUCGUGACCUUACCGGCAAGGUUGUCUUUGUCACUGGAGGUAACAUCGGCAUUGGAAAAGAGACCGUUCUCCAGCUCGCCCGACACAAUCCCUCCCGCAUUUACCUGGGUGCGCGCACUGCGGCAAAAGCUCAGGAUGCCAUCGCCUCGGUUCAGGAGAGCCUUUCAUCCCUGGUCGACAUCCGACACAUUCCUCUCGACCUAGCUUCAUUCAAGUCUAUUCGGGCGGCUGCAGAGAAGUUCAACUCAGAAUGCGAUCGGCUGGAUAUUUUGGUGCUCAAUGCUGGGACUAUGGGCAACCCCCCAACAACCACGGAGGAAGGAUUUGAGGUGCAAUUUGGAACAAACCACAUCGGCCAUUUUCUGCUUACCAAGCUGCUUCUUCCCACAUUGCGCAAGACUGUCACAAGUACUAUGCCUGCGUCAGAUGUGAGGGUAGUGACCGUUGCUUCGCUAGGUCACAAGGCUGCCCCUUCUUUUGAUGUGAUGACAUCCACUUCUGCUCUUCUGGAAUCAAGCACGUGGGCUCGCUACGGAGCCUCGAAAGCAGCUAACAUCCUCUUCGCAUCCGAACUUGCACGGCGUUAUCCCGAGAUUAUGUCCGUUUCUAUUCACCCGGGCGCGGUGGCUAGCAACUUGUACGAGCAUGCGAAGGCCUCAAGUCCUUUGAUGAAACACAGUUUCAAUAUUUCCAGCCUGGUCUUCCGAGCUGUGCGUACGGGAGCAAUGACUCAGCUCUGGGCAGCUGGGGUGAAGAGUGAGCUGUUGACCAACGGUGCUUACUAUAUCCCAAUCGGACUGCGCGGUGCAACCACAUAUACCAAUGACACAGACAUGGCGGGAAAGCUCUGGGAAUGGACAGAGGCACGAAUUGCCGAAAAGAAUAAAUCUUGA